CCUAAUCGAGACGGAAAAAAAAGCGUAGAGAAUUCGAAAGGAUUCUUCAGAAAAAUUCAGUCGACGAAUAUUGGCUCUUUAGGGAUGGCAUCAACUCGGACCUCCUGUAGUAAUUGUCGUCUAUUGGCACCGGAUAUCAGCUGAUUUUAUCCAUAGGUUACAGGGACGCCUUCAUCUGGGAAGGAAGACAUAAAAGCUGAGGUUAUACGACUAGGAGUUGAUCUCUCUCUCUCUCUAUAGUUGAAUCCAUGUUUUUGCUCUCUGAUGACAUUCACACUAUGUUAUGGUUUUGCUAUGGAGAUGUACAAUACCGCAUUGGGAACUCGUGUCAGAAAGGCUGCUUCGUGUUAUCUAUUAUGUCUACUCAAAAGAUAUCAAACCUAAGAAUGCAGUUUAUAAGGAUGGUUCAAAAUCAGUUCAGUUUCAGUUGAUCAAGACCACUUGGAAGGAUUUUUCUGACGGAGUUAUAGUUUUGCAUCGUCUUGUUAAGGUUCUAGGAAGAAAAGACUGGUCUUUCGAUGAUCGGUUAUCAUCCUCGACUAUUGAAAAAUGCAAGCAAGUGCUCAAGAGGGUAGAUGAUGAAUUGAGGUCUGCAAAACCUGUUUCUGAGUCGAAUGGGUUUACGAGGGAAAUUAUUGAGUCCAAGAUUUCUGACUUGUGGGUGUCUCUCUUUGAUGAAGAAGUUGUUGACUUGUGGAAGUCUUCUCUCUUUGAUGAAGAAGCUGGUCAAGAACCAGCCAAAGUGAUCAAGAUUAGGGUUCUUCGAGACCUUUUUCAGCCUAUUAUGGGUAACUCAUGGCAUUGCUAUGCCAACCCUAAAGCUCCUUUGAGACAUAGCGAGAUGCAGAGACUUCCUGUAUAUUCUCCUUACAUUUGGCCUGUGUAUUCUCCUUACAUUCUAAGGAAUGAUUUUGCAAAGCAGGAGAUGAAAGAGGAGGUUGUGCGACUAGGAGUUGAGAUCUCGCUACAUGUGGUUGGAUCAGUGUUCUAUCUAUAUGAUGACAUUUAUAAUAUGUUACGGUUCUACUACAAGUUAUUGGAAGAUGCAAAAAAGGACCUGGCUCAUAACAGUCCCGUGAUGAAAAGCCUGAUUGGUGUUAUUCAUUAUGUCAACACAAAAUAUAUCAAACCGAAGAAUGGAGUAUGUCAGAAUGGUGGACAGUCGGUCCAGUGGAGACUGAUCUGGACGACUUUGGAGAGUUUUGGUACUGGAAUCAGAGACCUGGACCUCCUUGUUUCGAUUCGAAGAAGCGGAGGAAGCUAUUUGGAUGGCCGAGAGUUUGCAUCUAGUAUUGAGAAGGCUACUUGCUAGUUUCUUCUUGCUUCUCUAUCUAUCGGAUUAGAGUUUCUUUUAAGGGUUAAUUACGGGGCAGACCCAUGUUUUAUGUUUUUCUUUCAGGUUUUGACAAAGUGGGGAAAGGCUUUCACCAUUUGACAAUUAUGUCAAUUUCAGACGAAAAUGCCCUUCUAGCCGAACCGGUAUACAGUGACAGCGAACGAAAUCGUCAGGCGAAUUGGUUACGUACACUGUAUAUCGUUAACUACAGUACACGCGCUAUGUAUAGUACACUCUCGUUAGCUACAGUGUAAAAACAAAAUUAAAAAAUAGAAAAAUAUAAAUAAAUAAGAUGAUUAUUAUUUUUCACCUUUUU